GUUACAAUUGUCGUAACUCACCAGUUUGCAAACAAACAGAACCGAGAGAGCAGUCGUUGAGGACAUCACAUCGAAUGAUAUUCAGUUAUCGUUUACGUUUUUAAGAGUUUGGAAAUUUCCGCAAAGUGCACUUUUGGGGAAAAGUAGCAAGAAGAACUGGACGAUGGACCCAGAGGUUUCUUUGCUGCUGCACUGUGCAGCCUGGCGGGGCCUGCGACAAUCCCAAGUGGAUGUGGAACUCUCUGAAAAGUAUAACUGUCAGAUGGAUGUAGAUCUGCAACGUCACAUCGAGGAGGUGUGGACGGCGCGGGUGUCUAAGGAGCCGUGGCUUUUUAAUGGCGCCAAAUUCCGCCUGCACUCGUUCCACACUGCAUCGCCUGCCACUCAAAACCUGGAAUUUAUACAUAGUCAGACCAGAGAUGAUAAGGAGACCACGCCGUUGCUCACACUGAGGGUGGGCAUCACCUCUUACAAGGACUAUCUGGGUACUAACUGGUCAUCCCGGGCAGCGGAGCUCAUCAGACGUGGGGAAGCAGAGUUGGGCAAUAGUCAGGCGCUGCUGGCCCAGCCUUUAGGAGUGGGCGCCAUUGUGUGCACAGGCGACGGACAGGUGGUGUUCAUCAAGAGGAGCCAGGAGGUGGCGGAGGCAGGUGGGAAGCUGGACAUUCCAGGAGGGCACCCAGAACCCAAGGCGGUGUGCGAGCGUCUCGGCGAAACAAAAAUCGACUUGAACCUGCUGCGGAAUAGCCCAAAGGCUGUCGUCGCUGAGUUUUUCUCAUCAAUUUGCGCUGAGAUUAGAGACGAGGUUAACAUUCCUCUUAGUUCCCUGGGAGAGCCGAUACUGAUGGGCGUGGCCUUAAAUCACACCAGUGCCGGAAGACCAAGUGCCGAGUUCUACAUCAGCUGUUCUCUCUCGUCCGACCAAGUCCGAGAAUUGUACUGGAAAGGAGGAGCGGAGGCCAGCGAGUCGACGGACAUCGUGUUUCUCAGCUGCACAGAGAUGUCACGGCUGGAUAAAAGCAGCUCAUUUUGGACAGAGCUGUGUCCCUCAGCCAAGGGAGCUGUGCUGCUUUUCCAGACUGUGAAGCCUCAAGUCUCAGUUUAAUACUAUCAGAGCUUUUCCAGGAGCACUCAAACUCUGAUUCAUCACUGUACUGUAAAAUAUUUAAAAUACAUCUUUUUUUUAUUAAAAAAGGGCAGUUUUGUCCUUCAGUAUUUCAAUACUGACAGGUUGAUUGUUUGAAGCUUCAAAUGCUUUCCUCCUCGUGUCCACGUCUUCAUCAUUAGCUCUCGUUGCCACUGCAGUAGUACAUGGCUUGGUCAUGAUAAGGUACAUUCCACUGAAACGUAGAAUGACAUUUAAUCAGUUCUGAUUGGACUCUCAUAAAUCUGGUCAUGGUAAACUAAUCUGUACUCACAUGCUGGCUCCAAGACGGCAUGUUAUUCCAGGCUUGAGGGACGAGAAAACAUUAUUUGAAAUCAUAAACAGCACAUACAAGUACUAAUCAAUAAUACACGGCCACACUGAAACAAUGAAAGUUACGAAUUUCACUACGGUUCUAUGAAUCCCGUAUGACCGCCAGAGAAUGGUGCUUAAGGGACGAAAUAGAACCCAACAGUACACCUUAAUAAAAAGAAAUAUUAGCAUAUGGCGGAAAACUCAGACAAGACUGAAAAAGCAGUUUCUGCUCUUGCACUCCUCUUUAAAAGAAACUGCUUUAUUUUAAGCCAAAACAAUUUUUGUGUUUGAUAGAACAAUAUGUCUAUUUAGCUGCGACAGCAGAUUCAUGGUGCGUUACGCCUCCGAACUAUUUUUAAUUUGCCCGUUUUACCCUGCAAACCCCCGUUUACAGACGUCACGCAACCGUUUUUGUUUCAACCCAGCCAUGAAAACAAAUAAUUAUAUUUAUUAUUAAAAAUGUCUGUCAUUUUUAGCUUAGAAUCAUUAAUUGAUGUCUACUAUUUUGUUAAAAAAAAAAAAAAAAAAAAACGACUUAAAAAAAUUAUUCACUCGCAUAUUUUUAAUUUUUAAACAAAUUACGUCACAAUGAAAAAAAUGGCGUAGGUAAAAAAGUCACUAAUAUUUACCUCAUAACUAUCGCUAAAUUGUAUUUUUUUGUUACUGUCGCAUUUUCCCUGAUGUUAGAUGAUAAUUGAACCA